GGGCUACGUGCCGCGUCACAGCGCUUAUUUACAUGUGGUCGUGACGUCCCGCUCUCGCAAGAUGAGACUUGUGACGUUUGCAGGAGCUGGCCGGCAAGAGCCGAGGAGUUAGACAUUUAAACGCCGUUGCGGGACAUUUAAACAGCGUGUUAUGUGUCAGUCCCGCGAGGAGCGUGUCUGCUGGGCCGGGUGCACAUUACUUAUGGAAAGCGCUAACCGCUCAUCUCUCUAACUGUUCGUGACAUGCUCAUCAUGAUAACGGCCACUAUUUACCCGAAACGUUGCUGUUUAUGUUGUGCUCGACCCGUAAGCUUUAAAUAAAGGCUGUUAACUACUCCUCUGCCGUAGACUGUAGCGCAGCUCAUCAACGACUUCUCUAACACUGCCGCCGUCUAUUUCAUGUGUUUGGACGUUUCAGUGCUGGACCACGAAUGGCACACAGACGGCAUCCAAGAGUUUGAAGGUUAUAGCUUUGCUUCUUUAAAAAGUGACCUGAUUCGUUGAUGAUUUGCAGGAAAACAAAAAUGCUUGAGGAGGAACGUCGAGUGAAAGCCAAUGAUCGAGAUUACAAUGAAAAAUUCAGUUAUGCAAAUAAUGCAAUCAAGACGUCCAAAUACAAUAUUGUCACGUUCCUGCCUAUUAAUUUAUUUGAACAAUUCCAGCGAGUUGCUAAUGCUUACUUUCUAUUCUUGCUGAUCUUACAGCUCAUCCCUGAAAUAUCUUCCCUGUCAUGGUUUACUACCAUUGUGCCUUUAGUGCUUGUUUUAACGAUCACUGCUGUGAAAGAUGCCACAGAUGACUUUUUUCGACACAAAACUGACAAACAAGUGAACAAUCGACAGUCGCAGGUGCUUCUUGGUGGCAAAUUGCAGAAUGAGAAGUGGAUGAAUGUAAGAGCGGGCGACAUCAUAAAGCUGGAAAACAAUCAGUUUGUGGUUGCUGAUAUGCUGCUCCUUUCUAGUAGUGAGCCACAUGGUUUGUGCUAUGUUGAAACAGCUGAGCUGGAUGGAGAGACUAAUUUGAAGGUCCGCCAGGCUUUGCCAAUAACUGCAGAACUUGGAGAAAAUAUAACCAGGCUUGCAGACUUUGAUGGAGAGGUUGCGUGUGAGCCUCCUAACAACAAACUGGAUAAAUUUACUGGAACUCUGAUCUGGAAAGACAACAAAUAUUCUCUGACUAAUAGCAAGAUUCUCUUGAGGGGAUGUGUACUGAGAAACACAGAAUGGUGCUUUGGAAUGGUGAUCUUUGCAGGUCCUGAUACUAAAUUAAUGCAGAACAGUGGUAAAACGAAAUUUAAAAGAACAAGCAUUGAUCGGCUAAUGAAUACAUUAGUGUUAUGGAUCUUUGGUUUUCUUAUUUGUAUGGGUAUAAUCCUAGCGAUUGGAAAUUCUAUAUGGGAGCACCAGGUUGGCAGUCGUUUCCGAAUAUAUCUGUAUUGGGAGGAAGUGGUUAACAGCUCAGUGUUUUCAGGGUUCCUAACCUUCUGGUCGUACAUCAUCAUACUCAAUACUGUUGUACCUAUUUCUCUUUAUGUAAGUGUGGAGGUCAUUCGAUUGGGACACAGCUACUUCAUUAACUGGGAUCGCAAAAUGUUUUAUUCCAAAAGAGGCAUUCCUGCAGAGGCAAGGACCACAACACUUAAUGAAGAAUUGGGGCAAAUAGAAUACAUAUUUACGGACAAAACAGGAACACUUACUCAAAACAUAAUGACUUUUAACAAAUGCUCAGUCAAUGGUAAAGUAUAUGGACAACUCCGGGAUGAGCUGGGACGUAAAGUAGACGUCACAGAGAAAACAGCACCUGUGGACUUCUCUUUCAAUCCAUUAGCUGAUCGAAAGUUCCAAUUUUAUGAUCACAGUCUGACUGAGGCUAUACAACUGGAAGAUCCCCAUGUACAAGAGUUGUUCAGAUUGCUCUCCCUGUGCCACACAGUCAUGUCUGAGGAGAAGAAUGCAGGUGAGCUGGUUUACCAAGUUCAGUCUCCAGAUGAAGGGGCACUAGUGACAGCUGCUAGAAACUUUGGCUUUAUCUUUAAAUCACGGACACCAGAAACCAUCACAUUGGAAGAGAUGGGAAAAGUCGUAACCUAUCAGCUGCUAGCAAUAUUAGACUUCAACAACAUUAGGAAAAGAAUGUCUGUUAUAGUACGGAAUCCACAGGGACAAGUUAAACUUUACUGCAAAGGAGCAGACACAAUCUUGUUUGAGAGACUUCAUGACCGCAGUGAGGAAUUAAUGUAUAUAACUUCCGACCAUCUUAAUGAAUUUGCUGGAGAGGGUCUCCGGACAUUGGCACUGGCGUAUAAAGAUCUCAGCGAAGAUUACUUGAAAUGGUGGUUGAAGAUCCACCAUGAGGCAAGUACUGCUCUCGAGAACAGAGAGGAGCGUCUUGCAGCAGUUUAUGAAGAAAUAGAAAGAGAUAUGAUGCUACUAGGUGCAACUGCUAUAGAAGACAAAUUACAAGAAGGCGUCAUUGAGACCAUUUCACGUCUCCUACUGGCAAAUAUUAAGGUGUGGAUUCUUACAGGAGACAAACAAGAAACUGCCAUGAAUAUUGGCUACUCCUGUCAUAUGCUCACAGAUGAAAUGAAUGAUAUUUUUCUUAUAUCUGGUCACACAGUGAUGGAAGUUCAGGAGGAACUAAGGAAAGCCAAGGAGUGUACCUUUGGACAAAGCAAAAAUGGUCUUCCGUUUCCUGAAAAGUUGCAAGAUACCAAACUAGAGUCGGUGUAUGAGGAAACCGUGACUGGGGAAUACGCCAUGGUUAUAAAUGGACAUAGUCUGGCUCAUGCUCUUGAAGCAGACAUGGAGAAGGAAUUCCUGGAAAUUGCAUGCAUGUGUAAGACAGUAAUUUGUUGCAGAGUGACUCCUCUUCAGAAAGCUCAAGUAGUGGAGCUGGUGAAAAAGUACAAAAAAGCUGUGACUUUAGCUAUCGGCGAUGGGGCCAACGACAUCAGUAUGAUUAAAAGUGCUCACAUAGGAGUUGGCAUCAGCGGGCAAGAGGGGAUGCAAGCGGUCCUAGCAAGUGAUUACUCAUUUGCCCAGUUUAAGUAUUUGCAAAGACUACUCCUAGUCCAUGGCCGAUGGUCCUAUUUCCGAAUGUGCAAGUUUUUGUGCCACUUUUUCUAUAAAAACUUUGCCUUCACACUAGUGCACUUCUGGUUUGGAUUCUUCUGUGGCUUCUCUGCACAGACUGUCUAUGACCAAUGGUUUAUAACACUUUUCAAUAUCGUUUAUACAUCACUACCUGUCCUGGCUAUGGGGCUAUUCGACCAGGAUGUAAAUGACCAAAACUGUAUGGACUACACAAAGUUGUAUGAGCCAGGCCAGCUCAAUCUCCUGUUCAACAAGCGGAGAUUUUUUAUUUGUAUUGCACAUGGGAUAUAUACUUCUUUUGCCCUGUUCUUUAUUCCCUUUGGUGCAUUUUUCAACACAAAUGGUGAAGAUGGAAAACAUAUCGCAGACUAUCAGUCUUUUGCUGUUACUGUUGCUACAAGUCUAGUUAUAGUUGUCAGUGUCCAGAUUGGCUUGGAUACCAGUUACUGGACGGCCAUUAAUCAUUUUUUCAUUUGGGGGAGCCUGGCUGUGUAUUUUUCAAUUUUAUUUGCCAUGCACGGUGAUGGUAUAUUUGAUAUAUUCCCCAGCCAUUUCCCUUUUGUAGGAAAUGCCAGAAAUUCAUUAAGUCAAAAAAGUGUUUGGCUUGUUAUUUUCUUGACCACUGUGAUUUGUGUUAUGCCGGUUCUCACAUUCCGCUUCCUGAAGGCUGAUCUAAGUCCAACAUUAAGUGAUAAGGUUCGAUAUUUGCAGCAGGCAAAGAAGAGGCGCACACCUCUUGAGAAUCGUAUGCGUAGGGUACACAGAACAAGCUCCAGAAGGUCUGGUUAUGCCUUUUCUCAUCAGGAAGGCUAUGGGGAACUGAUUACCUCCGGUAAAAAUAUGCGUGUAAAUAACCCACAUGCUUCCUCAGGACUGGCAAAAACUACAAGCUGGAUAGACAAUUUACGGAAAAAGACAGCAGAAAAUUUCAACAGUUUCAGCAGUGACAAAUCUUCCAAAUUAUGAUGUAUGAAUACAUUUGUUAAAAACUUUUCCUUUUCUUACAUUUCUUUUUGAGCUGUGGCCAUAUUUUUGCACUGUUUUUUCACAUCUAAUGAGGAUGAUGAUGGAUGCCUUACGAAACAGAGGCAUGUGGAAUACUUGAUUUUUGUGAAGCAUCCAGACAUGCACGGCUAAUGUAACCGAUUAGAUCAUUGAAAUUUAGACAGCAUCCUCGAAAAAAUGUCCAACAAAUUUUCCAUCGGUAGUGACUCAAAAUAAAGAAUUCCAUACUGUGAAAUAAGCAAGCAGGUGUUCUACCAUAAUAACACAUUACUGUAGACCUAAUAUCUAUGACCUACAGCUGUUUAAACAGUUAUUUUGAAUGUCAGCAGUGAACAAUCUUAGACUUUACUCUCUUUUGAAUGUUUACUUUUGCUUCCUCGAGUUAGAGUAUCAACCAAGAUUGUGCACAAUUUUCUACUGUAAAUAUUAUAUUGUUAAUCAUAUUCCAUAUCUUUUUACUUUUGCAUAUGUAAGGCUACACCAAUCCUAUUUCCAUUUAUAGGAUUUAAACUGCAGUUCUAUUUUCUGUUUCCUUCUGCUGCUAUUUAUUUUGCCGUAUGGACCAUGCUUUAAUGGGUAAACUCCUACAAUUCUUUGCAGUUUGUCAGAAUAACAUCAAAAACUUUUUGUUGAGGGCCAUUAGCACAUAAAAAAGGCAAUGUAAAGGGCCCUUUCAUCGGACGACCUUAACCAUUCCUACUUCUGUAGUUAAGGAGCAGUUUAAAGAGUUUAUAGUUUAAAAAAAAAAAUUGCAAACAUUUUAAUAAAAAUGGGUUGUUUCAGGGUUGAUUCUUAAUACAUUCCUAAUUAUACAGGAUGAAUAUCAUUGUUCUGUGUCAGCCUUUUUAUACACUGAAUGUUAAUCUAGGUAUCCUAAAAUUUUCAGGUGGUAAUUAAUGGCUCAAAUUGAGCUUGUUCAUUAUAACCAUCCUAAAGAAAUCUAUAGAGUGACUGUAACUUGUGUGGCAUGACCAUUUCAUCCAAGUAUUAAAAAAGAGAUCGCAGCACUAUAAAAUACAUUUUGUCCCAAUGUCACCAUCAAUACUAUAUAAUUAAAGUCUAAUAUUUCACUCUUUUAAAGAUCUGAUUGUAAUUAGGAUGCAUUUUCAUUCAUGAAUUACCCAUUCCUACUUGCCAAGACCACCAUGCACUCAGGGGAUACCCAUUUAUAGGAUAUUUGCAGUUCUGUGUUUGUGUGACUAUGAUCAUACCCUAAAAACGUUCAUGGUUCAAAGGCUGCGUUGCACAUUGUUUAAAAGCAAUUCAAUUACUACCCCUAGAGUUAAACUGCAAUAUGAUAGUUUGAAAGAAACAUUGGUCUCUACCCAAUCUUCAUUAGAACCUAGAAAUGUUGCCGACUAUAUCUGGAACAUGUUUAUAAGAACACAAGAAUAAAACAGUAAUUCCCAGAAGGGGGAUACUGGCCAGUUUGGAGAAGUGCCUCAGUAAGUUAAUGAUAGCUUACUCUAUUUCCUCAAGCAUUAAAGGGGUUCAUUACAAUUUUACAACUGGUAUCGGCAAAGUUUGAGAAUUCUGCUUUGACAGCUUUGUUCACAAAAUGCCCUUAAUGCUAGUUUUUGUGCUGUACAUUUUAUACAUGGUCCUACUAUAUGAAAACAAAAAUAAGUGUGUACUAAUAUGUCCAACUGAAAAUAUGUUUGGUUUUCCUAAUAUUUACCCCCAGAUGUUUUCAUUUAAACGAGUGACCGGUAAAUUCUACCCGCUGACUGGUUGCUAUGGCGUACUGCUCCUGGGCAAACUUAGUGCCUUUUAUUACACAAUCCUAUUAAUGUAUUCAACACUACGAAAUGCAAGAAUGUUUUUUUUUUUUUGUACAAUGUGGAUAUGUUUUACAGUAUAUAUUCAGUUGGAUAUAUUGAUCCACCUUAUUACGUUCUUUGUUAUAUUUUGCGUACUUAUUUGUUUGCUUGUGUACAUGGUUUCUGCAAUUUUUGUUUAAUUUGCCAUUUAAUUUUUGACGGAAAUUUUUGUCUUGAGUUGGUAUAGAAAACUGAACCAGGGCCACCGGCCUGUGGCUUUUAGGAUGUUGCAUGCCAUCUCUCUGCUUCACAGUGUCUGAUAUUGAUCAAUAUAGGGAUAUUAUAGUUUACAAUUCAUAUUUCCUUGAUUUUAUAUUACAUCCCAGCAUCUAGAAGACUUGGAACCAAGCUGAUUAUUGAACCAGCUUUUAAAUGUUUUGUUUUCUUUUUUAAUGGAGCCAGUUCUAGGCAGUCUGUGAUUUUUGAUAUUACAAUAUAUAUGUUUAAAGAUUUGGCAUAAUAUACACAUCACAUGCCUGUGUUCUGACUUGUAUGUUUGAUCUAACAAAUGUUGGUGGUUUGCUAUACUAGGAGUGCAGAUUUUCCUCAGCCAGCAAUAGUUUCCAUAGAUAUGCGUAUAUCUGAGAUGAUUUUGCUUGUGCUUCACUAGUCCAACGAAGACAUGUACACAGAAUGUGCCCGUAGAGUUUCAGGCUUAGUCACUGGAUGUUUAUCUGUUCCAUAAUAACUCUAACAUCUCAGAAAAAUACAUGCCUCCUACUUUCUUUUUUCCUUUUUAUAAGUUGCUGAUUGUCAACUCAUGCUAUGCACAAAUGAUUGGAUCUGCAGUCUAGUCUGCAUUGUAGAUAGGAAGACCUUUGAUGGUGUAAUAAAAAUACUGAAUGUAUAUAUUCUUUAUGGUCCAGUAAUUUCAUACCAACUUUGCUGUGGAAAAGCUUUGAUAACUGUCAAAAAAAAAAAAAAAAAAGCUUUAUCGUUUGCUAAUUUUCUACUGUUGCAAGUUUUGUUUGCUUAUUGUCUAUACUCGCAUUUGAUGUUCUGGAAAACAAGUUUUGGUUUAAGGUUAGCUAUUUUAUAUUUACAAAAGGUAAACAAUAUUUCCAGUUAUAAAUAUAUAUAAAUAUAUAUUUAGAAAUAUAAACUUUAUUAUUUUAGUAAGAGACAUAGCGUCUUUCAGGUACUUGUAUAAAUUAGUUUAGAUUUCUAUACAAUGUCUAGCUUUUGUUUUGUGCUAUAGAAAGCAAAAAAUGUUGUGGGCAUGAUGGAAUACCAAAGAGUUUGCACUCUUUUGUAACAUAUUUAAGGUUUACAUAUGUACAUACUGUUCAAUAAUUUAUUUGACGUUUAUAUGCAAAAUAUUUUCUACAAAUAUACGGUUUCUAAAUAA